UAAAUAUUGACGAAAACUUUUUUUUUCACUCAAAAAUUAUAACCCGAAAUGGUUGAUUAGAUUUUUAUAAAAAAAAAUGGAAGAUAAUCAAGAAAAAUUAAACAUUUCGGAUGAUUUAAUUAAUUCUGAUCAAUCAAAUAAUGAAAAUUUAUUGCUUAAAAUACCUAAAUGUUCACGUUGUCGUAAUCAUGGUGUGUUCAAUUCGCUCAAAGGUCAUAAACGUACAUGUCCAUAUCGUGAUUGUUCUUGUAAAAAAUGUAUUCUAAUUAGUGAACGACAAAAAAUUAUGGCUGCACAGAUUGCACUACGUCGUCAACAAGAUUUUGAAGAUCGAACAAAUUUUCAUUCACAAACACGAAAUAAUCGUGAUGAUCUCAUUAAUGGCGGUUCACGAAAAAAACGAAUGAAAUCAUUACCAUCAUUAUUAAAUGAUCAAGGUAUUUCAAAUGAUUUCAAUCAAUCAGCGACCACUAGUGGUGAUGAUGGUGGUGGUCCACCAGUUGUCGACAACAAUAUCGACACAAAUCCUUCUUCAUUAACAUCAACCGAUCCAGCAAUCAAUCGAAUUUCAAAUCGUUUGGAAACAUAUAUUGAAAUUGUACAAGAUCCAUCUCAACAACCGCCACAAAAUGUAUCGAAUGAUUCAAAUAUUUCCAAUGCCAAAUCUUCGAAUAUAGAUUCAGCUACAAACAGCAGUGAUAAUAUGGUUGCUGUAUUUGAUGAUGAACCAUAUGAAUCAUUUAAUAUACCAUAUAUCAGUGAUAAUUCAGAAUCAUGUUUUGAUGAUACUGGAGUUGAAGUACGUGCUGAUCCAUCAAAUGAUGAUGAAACAAUAUCAAUUCCCGACAAAAUUAAAAAUCUUUCAGUUCGACUUAUGAAAAGUGGCUUUAAUCUGGAUGAAAAUUUUAAAACUCAUUGUCUUUUGGCUACCAUUAUCAAUGAUAAUAAUGGUAACCUUGAUGAAAGUUUUGGCAAAAUUAUGCGAUCUACCAUUAUGUUUAGUCAAUUGGUAUAUGAUGAUCAUUGUAAAAAAGCAGAAACCAAAGGGGAUCGCCAAAUUAACAAAGGUUUAUCAAAAACACCUGAUAACAACAUCAACAAACGUGAACAAAGUUUUGAAUUAUCACAUAAUGCAAAUCGUAACAAACCCAGUGUACGAAAUGAUAGUGCCAACAAACAGCAAACAUCAAUAAACUUGGAUAAAAAAUCAUCAAAAUUACUUAACUUUGAUUCGCCGCCAAUCCUUUCGAAUUCAAUGAAAAUGUCAUCAUUACCGUGGAUAUCAACUAAUUCCAAUAUGCCGAAAUCAGUCACAAUGCCAUUGUCAUCAUUAAUUCAACAGGGUUUUAUUCCUACACAACAACAGCAGAUAGAAAAUUCCAAAGAUCCAUCGAAUGUCAGCAAAUUACCGGCAUUACAAUCGAACAAAAUAUUAUUCUUCAUUAAUCCGCAAUCAACUUCUUCAAACACUGCUCAAAAUCAAUCAAAAGAUUCUCAAGCUAAAAUUCAUCUACCAAUUUCAUUGAUGUUUCCACCUACUACAAUUAACAAUCCAAGCGAUUCAAAUAUUGAUAACAACAAUAUUGAUCAUGAUAAAUCGCAAUCACCAUCUUCACAAUUAGCCAAAAAUUUUGAUCCAAAGCAAAUUUUUGCUACAAUAUCUUCUAUUGUCACUUCUCCUAAUACUAUCGCUAAUACAAACAUAUCUUCAUUAGCAAAUAAUCUAUCAACAUCAACAUCAGCUACCUCAAUUUUGAAGGCUCAAUUGUCUUCAUCGUCGAAUCAUAAUCCUUCAUUAUCAUCAGCAGCACCAUCAUCCUCGUCAUCAUCAUCAAGUAUUUAUACCCGAUCGGAUGGAAGUUUAGCUGAAAACGCAUUUGCACCAUUGAUUUCGAAUGGAAUAAUUGGACAACAACAUAAAAUCGGCAUGCAAUCAUUAUCAACAGCUUGUAUUACUAAACUAAGUCAAUCAAGUCCUGUUCCAACAAUUGUACAGAAUAUAAAUCUUUCUGGCCAAUCGUCAUCAAUAACAACCACAGCAGCAACAACAAUUACAACUUGGAAUCAAAAAAAGGUGAAAAAUCCUUCUGUGUUGAAUAAUGAUGGAAAUAAAGGAUUUCGUUUCAGCAAUGUCGCAAUCUUGAAUAGAAGCCGAAAUAAACUUACAAAGUUGCGCCAUUCGAAUAGUCAAACAUCAGUUGACAGCAAAACUAACAAUUUUAAUGAUUCACAAAUAGAAUCCUCCUUAAAUCCGGUUUAAUCAAGCAAAUUUUCAAAUCGAAUUUUCAAUGUGCAACCUUAAUUAAUCUUUUAAUUGCCCAAAACUCUAAAACUACAACAAAAAAAAAAUCAUUUUUGGCUUUUCUGAAUUCU